GAAUAUUCGAAAAAAAUUUAAAAUUAAUUAAACAUGUCGAAAAACAAAACAGUUGAAAUUCAGUUGAAUUCUAAUAACGAAUUUGUUCAACAAACUGAAAAUUUAUCGUCAGAAUCUAAGAAUCUCAUGCAUAGUAAUUACGGAAAAGAUUUUUUUUUAUAUUUGACAUUUCUAGUAACAAUCUGCAUCAUCUCGUAUUCGAUGAUUAAUCCAACUAAUUAUUAUCUGAAUUCUGCUUUGGAAAAAAUAUUUAUAAGAUCGCAACUGGAUGAUGAAGACGAUAGAGAUUUUACUGAAACAAAAACAAUCAGAGAUUUUUGGAAGUUUUUAGAACAUGUUCUAAUUAAUAAUCUCUAUUGGGAAUCUUGGUAUAAUGGUGAACCUCUUGAAAAUAACGAAGGAAUAUACUACACAACACAGUUACUGGGCACUCCCAGACUAAGACAGCUUCGUGUUAAGAACGAUUCAUGCAAAAUCCACGAAGAAUUUAAAACAAGAGUCAAAGAAUGUUUUUCUCCUUAUAGUUUAUCUGCCGAAGAUACCAAACCAUUUGGUCUAAUGAAUGGAACUGCUAUUUAUUUUAGGUGGACAUUUUAUCGUGAUUCGAACAUGCUAAAUUAUCAUUAUAAGGGCGAAGUUGGUGAAUAUUACAGCGGUGGUUUCUACAUUGAUUUAGGAAUAACGAAGAAAGAGGCACAUCAAACAGUUUUAUUUUUGAAGCAGAAUAAAUGGAUUGAUAGAUCAACUCGAGUAAUUUUCUUAGAUUUCUCACUUUAUAAUUCAAACGUUAAUUUAUUUUGUUUGAUAAAAUUGAUAUGGGAGUUGCCUAAUACAGGAGGAAUUUUAACAUCUUGGAAGAUACGUUCUAUGAAGUUUCUUCGAUAUCUUUCACCGUGGGACAACGUUAUUUUAGCUGUUGAAUACAUUUUUUGCUUUUUUACGCUAGUCAACUUUUUAAUUAUGUUGCAACAAGUAAUUAACUUUUAGAAAAUUAGUUUUAAUUUUU